UAUACAUAUAAAAAAGAAAAGAUGGCCGAAGAAUAAUAACCAUUCUCAUUUACUCCUGAAGGUGGAAGUGCUAGUAAUUCAACCAAGGAUUAUACAGGCAAAGGAAUAGCUACGUAUUAUUAUUAUGUAAUGAAACAGUUAUCCAAAUGGUGAUACAUAUGAAGGAUAAUAUGUAAAUGGAGUUAGAGAAGGAAAGGGCAAAUACACUUAUAAUCCAUCAGGAGAUAGAUAUGAAGGAGAAUUCCAAUAGAAUUUGAAACAUGGAAUUGGAAGAUUAAUUUACAAUAAUAAUAAAGGAGAAUAUUAUGGAUAAUGGGAAUAAGGAUUAAGACAUGGAGAAGGAUUAUAUACUUAUGCUAAUAAAGAUGUCUAUUCAGGAUAAUGGUCUUAAGGUAAAAAAAAUGGAUAAGGAACUUAUGUUUUUAAUGAUACUGCCAUGAGAGUAUUUUUUAUUAUUUAUAUCUAAUAGUUUAGAGGUACUUGGAAUGAUAAUCAAAUUGUUGAUGGAGAAUGGAUCUAUCCUAAUGGAAUUGUCUAUAGAGGACCAUUUUAACAUAAUAAACCUAAUGGAGUUGGCAAAUUUGAAUUUCCUAAUAAAAAUUAAGUUGAAGGCUAUUACACUUAAACUAUUGUUCCUAAUGCUAAUCCUGAUGACACUACAUUAAAUAUAUAAUUAGAAUGGGUUACAACAAAACAUUAUUGA